UCACAAUCUGAAUUAAACUCUUUUCUCGAAAAUGUACCAUGUUAUCUAAAGCAACCUAACACCUGAUACAUGACUUGCAUCCGCCGCCGUACCCGAUCUCACGAUACCAGUGCAUAAAAUAAUACAGUAAACGCAGAAGUGACCAUAUUGCGCUCUAAGUGACAGUGUUUUUUACGAUCCUAGAAAUAGGACCAAAGUCAAUGUGACCGGAGUGUUUGCGAUGCGCUUGCCGGUAAUUUUUUUGUUCUUUUUCGUUGGCGGCAUCGAAAUCGCCAGCGGUCAAGAUGGAGAUCAAACGCCGGCAAUCGGGAUUAAAGGGACCAAGUGCUACGAUGAUUUCCUCAGGCCUCAGAUGGAAGCGACCAAUACCUGCGGUGACAACGGACCAACGGAAUACUGCGAACAAACGGGAGUGGCCGGUACCAAAUUGUGCGACGUAUGCGUCGCCGGGCAGCACCAAGCGCGCUACUUGACCGACAGGCAUAAUCAGGACAGUCCCACUUGGUGGCAGUCGGAGACCAUGCUCGAGGGGAUCCAGUGGCCCAACCAGGUCAACCUCACGCUCAGGUUUGGUAGGUAUAUACUCUCUAAGAUGAUCCGUCAAUUGGCUAUGUAA